AUGACAUGGAUAGAUCUCCAACCAAACAAUAUUCUCCUUGGCACUAAAGACGACUCGAUCCGAUCCAAAUUCAAACAGGCCGAAUUUGAAGCGUCUGUGCCGCGAAAGAUCCUCGAUGCUCGUACCAUUUAUGUCUCACGUUCACUCCCCAUCUCUUCUGGGACGCCCGUUCUCUGUGAUUUAGGUGAGGCUCGACUAGGCACCGACCAGCAACAGGGCGAAAUUAUGCCAGAUAUCUAUCGGGCCCCGGAAGUUAUCUUAAACAUGAGAUGGGAUAGCAGGGUCGAUAUCUGGAAUGUUGGGAUGGUGGCAAGAUGA